AUGCGACCUGCUAACGCCUCACAGAAAUCUCUACGCACAUCCUCAGUCCGCGCCAUAGCCACUUCGGCACCAGCCAAUGCGACGAUAUCGCCGAUUGCGCAGCCAGAUGCCGACUAUGUUCCUGUGAUCCCGUUUGAAAAGCAAACUGUGCUUGCGACCAUCCACAAGUUCCCCUCACUCGAGCCGCUGCGGUUCGAGCAAUAUCCAGCCAAUCACCUCUAUCUGCCGACAAGACGAGAUAUCCUGCACCGCGCUGUCAUCUACGAGGGUGACAUGACGCGGCUGGGAACUGCUUCGACCAAGACAAGAUAUGAAGUCCGCGGUUCAGCGAGAAAGAUUCGCCCACAAAAGGGCACGGGUAGGGCUCGUCUGGGAGACAAGAAGUCGCCCAUGUUGCGGGGAGGAGGUGUUGCAUUCGGCCCCAAGCCCCGCGACUUUUCAUCAGAGCUCCCCAGGAAGGUCUACGAUCUUGCGUGGCGGACAGCACUGUCGUAUCGAUUCAGGAAAGGCGAACUCAUCAUCGUGGACAAUGCCAUGGAGAUUGAGAGCCCAUCGACGAGGUUACUGGGCGACAUCUUCAAGCACCACGAAAAGCUGCGGGGCAAGGGCCGGAGCUUGAUGGUGACUUUGGAGGAGCGCCCAUUGCUGGAGCAAGCGCUGGUAGAGAUGGACCGUGGCGAACAGACCCUCACAUGGGAGGAGGUCGACGUCAAGAACCUGCUGGAGCUCUCCCGCGUCAUCAUUGAACGCGAUGCUCUGCACAACAUUCUACUCUCGCACCAAGAAGACAUUACAAACAAGGCCCUCCAGCCAUGGCACAAGGGCCUCAUCCGAUCAUCGCCGCCUACAGAACUCGAAUCGAUUGUUGGCUGGCCAGAGUUCCGCGCCUUGUCACUUGCGUAUCCCGAAGAGAAGGAUGCUCUCCGCGCCGAGGCAUACGAAAGCGCCGCCACAACACGCUACGCGCAAGCCGAGUCGCUCCCUCACGGCCCCAAGCGCACCGGAUUCACCGUCUCAGCAUACAACCUCCUAGCCGAAGCCAAGGAAAUCCAAUUUACAGAGAAGACGGGCCUCUCCUUUGCCGACUACCUCGAGCACGGCGAAGCUGAGCGCUUCCCCCGCAUCCAGGCCCUGACCUACCAAGCCACCAUCAAGGACGACCUCGUCAACGCUGCCGCAGACACCUCGCGGCCGGAAGCAGAGCAACUCAUGGUCGACGUGCGCCAGCUUGAAGUCGAAAAGCUGCAGGUCCAGCACGAAGCGGCUCUCCUUGCAGCCCAGGUCCACGAGCACCGCUCCGAGGCCCUCCGCCUAAGCGGCGAGGAGGAAAAGGCAGAGGAACUCCUCGAGGCGGCCAGCGCCGAGCGAACCCACGUCGACGACGUCGAACUCGCUUUGCUCGAAGCCAAGCUCGAAGUUGCAAAGCAGAAAUCCGUCGCCGCAAACUUGAAAGGUGACUUUGCGGGUCGCCAAAAGGCAAAAGAGCAGAUUCGAGAGUGCAAUGAGGCGCUGGCGUUGAAGAGGACUGAGCUCGAGCCUGAACAUGCAGAGGCUGCGGGGACAGAAGAGGGCGCGCUGGACCAGGUGGAUGAGGUGCAGAGCGAGACGCCAAAGGCGGAGGCGGGCAAGGAAGAUAAGAGGAUAUAG